AUGAGACUCAUCCGUCAUCACGAAAGCUCCUCCUCCUCUUCCAGCCGAACUUAUUCUACGCUUUUUCCCUGUUUCAGACAGCCACCAAUUCCACGACCAACGCUGGAAUUACUCGUCUAUCCACCGUUUGCUGAGUUUAUCGAAUUUGGAGGCGCGUCAAAGCAUGUGCUUACUAACAGCGGCUCGUCGCGUAUGGUGUUCAAAGUGAAAUGUAGUAAUAACUCCUUAUUUAAGGUGUCACCCGUUUACGCAUUUCUAGACACUGGUGCUUCCAUGGACUUACAGAUCUUACGGCAAUCAGGUCCAACGCGAAAUGAUAAGCUGAUAAUCAUGUACAAGGAGGCGAAGAAAUCCGAGAAAGAUCCGAGAAAAUCCUUUAACACCGAGGGUGUGACUGCAAAAAAGGUUGUCCCAUUGAUUACGAGAGAUGUCGAUGAAAGGUGA